AUGUCUCUGUAUUUUUACGAACCGUUGUUCUCCCUUUCGGACUUCGAUAGGCUGUUCGACGAAGCUUUCUCUGCUCGUACGCAGGGAAGUCCUGCUGCCGGACAACUGCAGCGCCGAGGCGAUGCCUCAGACAACAACAACAGAGUGGUCAGGCCCAGAAUGGACCUCCACGAGGACGCGGAAAGGAACGUUGUGACCGCUACGUUCGAACUCCCCGGCCUCAAGAAGGAAGAUGUUCAGAUCGACGUGCAGAAUAACACACUGAACAUCUCUGGUGAGACCAAGCAAGAGCAAGAUCGCGAUGAGAAUGGCUAUGCCAUUCGAGAGAGGCGGUACGGCAAGUUCUAUAGGGCCUUGCGCUUGCCCGCUGGCGUGAAGCCGGAGGAUAUCAAAGCUUCGAUGGAACAUGGUGUCUUGACCGUAACAUUCCCCAAGACAACGCCAGAGCAGGCGCCCAAGAAGAUUACUAUUUCUUAA